CAGCUCCGAUAACACAGGACAUUACCUGCCGCUGCCAGUAACCGGGAGGAGGCUGCACACCACUUCCUGCUUGGGAGGGGACAGCACUUCCGGUCUAGCGCAGCCACAUCCGGCCUGUGCGUUCCACCUUUACUUCCGGGCUGUGCGGUCCACAUUACUUCCGGUUACCUGUUUCCCGGGACUCCUCCUACUGCAGCGCGGAAGUUACAGUACAUACCCGGUACCCGCAGUGGAAAACACCGAGGGUGACAAUCUGAUUAAUAAUAAGGUAGAAGAUAUAAAAGAGGAAGAGGAGACGUAUGUGAUGAUAGAUCAGCAGUGUAAGGAGGAAGAAGAAGAGACGUAUGUGAUUGGUGAUCCUCAGUGUAAGAAGGAGGAAAUCCCUACAGAUAUCAGCACAGAUGGAGCCAAUAUGAGAAAUACCCCAGAGAGAUGUCCCCGUCCUCUUUAUUCCCAGGAUCAUACAGAGGAGAAUCACAGUUUCCCACAGGAGGGUCAGGGCGACAAUAUGACUAAUAUUAAGGUAGAAGAUAUAAAAGAGGAAGAGGAGACGUAUGUGAUGAUAGAUCAGCAGUGUAAGGAGGAGGAAGAGGAGACGUAUGUAGCAGAUGAUCAGCUGUGUAAGGAGGAGGAAAUCCCUACAGAUGGAUCCAGUAACAGGAAUACCCCAGAGAGAUGUCCCCGUCCUCUUUAUUCCCAGGAUCACACAGAGGAGAAUUACAGUAUCCCACAUGGGGCUCAGGAUGAAAUCUUUACUAUUAUUAAAGUUGAAGAUAUUAAAAUGGAAGAGGAGACGUAUGUGAGGGGUGACCAGCUGUGUAAAGAGGAGGAAAUCCCUACAGGUAUCACAGAUGGAGCCAGUAACAGGAAUACCACAGAGAGAUGUCCCCGUCCUCUGUAUUCCCAGGACCAUACAGAGGAGAAUCACAGUGUCCCACAGGAGGAUCAGGAUGAAGCCUUAACUAUUAUUAAAGUAGAAGUUAUAAAUGAGGAAGAGGAGAUGUAUAUGAGGGGUGAUCAGCAGUGUAAGGAGGAGGAAAUCCCUACAGAUAUCAGCACAGCAGAUGGAUGCAGAAGCAGGAAUACCUCGGAGGGACGUCUUUUGUCUUCAGAUACUAGAAUAGACAAUUCUUCAGGACAAAACCCUGUUACACUAAAUAUAUGUCCAGUGUUCGACGGUGGAGAUACAUCUAAUUAUAAAGAAUGUUCUGAUAAUUUAGAUAUUUUUACACGCCGUACAAUCCCUAUAAGUGCUAAAAAGUUUCCGUGUCCUGAGUGUGGGAAAUGUUUUGCACAGAAAUCACAUCUUACUGUGCAUCUUCGAGUUCAUACGGGUGAGAAACCGUUCUCUUGUUCUGAGUGUGGAAAAAGUUUUGCGAAGAAAUCAAAGUUGUUGGUACAUCAGAAAUAUCACUCGGGUGAGAGACCGUUCUCUUGUUCUGAGUGUGAGAAAUGUUUUGUUGAGAAAUCAAAGCUGAUUACACAUCAGAGAACUCACACAGGUGAGAAACCUUUUCCAUGUUCUGAGUGUGGAAAAUGUUUCGCGCAUAAAUCAUACCUUAUUAUACAUCAGAUAAACCACACGGGUGAGAAGCUGUUUUCGUGUUCUGAAUGUGGGAAAUGUUUUACACAGAAAUCAAAGCUUUAUAAACAUCAGAGAACUCACACAGGUGAAAAGCCAUUUUCAUGCUCUGAAUGUGAGAAAUGUUUUAUAUAUAAAUCAGAUCUUGUUACACAUCAAAGACAUCAUAUAGGUGAUAAGCCAUUUCCAUGUUCUGAGUGUGGGAAAUUGUUUACACUGAAAUCAGGUCUUGUAAGACAUCAGAGAACUCACACAGGUGAGAAGCCAUUUUCAUGUCCUGUGUGUGUGAAAUAUUUUACACGUAAAUCAGCUCUUGUCAGUCAUCAGAGAAUUCACACGGGUGAGAAGCCGUUUCCAUGUUCUGAGUGUGGAAAAUGUUUUACAGAUAAACCAGGUCUUGUUGUACAUCAGAGAACUCACACAGGUGAGAAGCCAUUUCCAUGCUCUGUGUGUGGGAAAUGUUUUGCAGAUAAACCAGCUGUUGUCAAACAUCUGAAAACUCACACUGGUGAGAAGCAAUAUUCAUGUUCUGCCUGUGAGAAAUGUUUUAUACAGAAAUCAGAUCUUGUCAGACAUCAGAGAACUCACAAAGGUGAGAUGUUUCCUUGUCCUGAGUGAGAAAUGUUUUACGCAGGAAAAGAACCCUUGUUGUACAUCAGAAAAUUCACACAGGGAAAAAAAUCCAUUAACGUGAGGUGAUAGACACAAUAGGGUUGCAGCAAUCAUUUUAAUAUUGUAAAAUAUGUUUAAUAUUAUUAGUGUAAAUGAUUAAUUGGUAUAAGCAUAUAUUUUCAGAUUGGUAUGACAUCACUGAUUUAUGGAGGGCCUUUUAAAGCUUUAAUACCAAAGUAUAUUAACAUGUUAUAAUGUAAUUACCAUGUACAGGCAUAAGUGGAAUGUGUGUCAUCAACAUUAGUAGUUUCCAUCUAUAAGACAUUGGCUGUAACUCUGCACAGCAAUAAGAUCACAUGUAGGAUCCUAAAUAAUAUGUAAUAAAAAUAAUGGGCAAUAAA